GUCUUCCUCGCCGGGUCGGCUCUGUUACUUCCCGUCGUGCUCCGCGCGAGUUGGAGCGGAGGGGAUGUCAAGCGAGAGGAAGGGAAAGAAGGCAGGAAGGAAGGAGAGGAGGCGAGACGAGACGAAGAGAGAGAAAAAUAAAAAUGAUAACCCGCAGUAAGCGACUUCUCUCGUCUAGCGAAUGGAACAGAGCCCGUUCAGUUUUUAAUGCUGCGGCGCCGUUGGUUCUUCGCCGGUCGUAUCGCGUCGCUGGUUGUGUCGAUUUGACGGAUUACCGAGGAGGAAAGAAAAAAGGAGAAAAACAAAGCAGAAACGGCGUGACACAAAAGAAGUCGACUGGAUGCUCGAAUUGACUUGACCUGAUUUAGUGUGCCUUCUUCUACUCCUGUCUCUCGGUGUGUGUGUUUUCGGCGGCGGCGUUCCCGGCCUGUGGAGGUUUUUUUUCUUCUGCAUCACGGCAUCAUUUCCAAGUUAGUGAUUUUUUUCUUUCGCGAGGCACGGAGACUUUACAAGCAGUCGUCGGUGCGACCACGGCGAACCUACUUUCUUCCGACAGCGCCCAGUGACGCCCAGGCAUGCCCGAGUCUAAACCGGACGCGAACGCCAAGACGCCCAUGCUGGGUGGAGCCGCCGCCGGGGUCAUCCGGCUAACAGAAGCACCCCAGAGCCUAGGGCGGAAGGUGGCAGCAUGGAUGAAGACAAACCUCCUGCUCGUGCUCACCAUCGUGGGAGUCCUGCUGGGCCUGCUGCUAGGCUUCUUGGCGAGGUUCUUCUCGUACACCGAAGAUGUCAUCAUGCUAGUCUCCUUCCCGGGAGAGAUCCUCAUGGGCAUGCUCAAGAUGCUCAUCCUGCCGCUCAUCAUAUCUUCCAUGAUAUCAGGGCUUUCUAUGUUGGACCCCAAGUCCAGUGGGAAGAUGGGAUCUCGCGCGCUGGUUUACUACUUCGCGACCACCAUCUUCGCGGCCAUCGUGGGCAUCAUUAUGGUGUCGCUCAUCCACCCGGGUGACCCGUCCAUCAAGGAGGAGGUCGGCACAGGCACCGAGGACAAGAAGGUCUCCACCCUCGACGCGUUUCUCGACCUCGUCAGGAAUAUGUUCCCGGAGAACCUGCUCCAAGCCUGCUUUCAGCAAGUGGAGACAACCUACGUCAAAGAAAAAGCCAAGCCCAAAUUCGUCCCGCUGCACGCCAAUCUGAGCGACGUCACUGCCUCGAACGAAACUGUCUACGUCAUGAAAAGAGUCCUCCAGUUUAAGGACGGAACCAACGUUCUCGGUCUGAUUGUGUUCUGCAUCGCAUUCGGCAUCAUUGCCGGGCAGAUGGGCCCGGAGGCAGAGUUGAUAGUGAGUUUCUUCGGCAGCCUUAACGAGAUCAUCAUGAAGAUCGUCGUCCUGGUUAUGUGGUACUCUCCGUUCGGCAUCAUGUCGCUCAUCAUCGGCAAGAUCAUGUCCAUCAAGGACCUGGCGCUGACGGCGGCUCAGCUGGGUCUCUACAUGCUCACGGUCAUCACGGGCCUGCUCAUACACGCCUGCAUCACGCUGCCGCUCAUCUUCUUCCUAAUCACGCGAAAGAACCCCGUCACCUUCUUCAAGGGCAUGCUUCAGGCCUGGAUCACGGCGCUGGGCACGGCCUCCAGUGCGGCCACCCUACCAGUGACCUUCCGGUGUCUGGAAGAGAACCUGCACAUCGACAAGCGUGUCACCCGGUUCGUCCUUCCCGUGGGCGCCACUGUCAACAUGGACGGCACGGCACUCUACGAGGCGGUAGCCGCCAUCUUCAUCGCACAAAUGAAUGGCAUCAAUCUCUCCGUGGGGGAGGUCAUCGCUGUCAGCCUCACGGCGACAGCUGCCAGUAUAGGAGCAGCCAGCGUGCCCAGCGCGGGUCUGGUCACAAUGCUUCUGGUGCUCACGUCUGUGGGGUUACCCACAGAAGACAUAUCCAUGAUCGUCGCUGUCGACUGGAUGCUGGACCGUAUUCGCACGUCCAUCAAUGUCCUGGGCGACGCCUUCGGGGCGGGCAUCGUGUACCACCUGUCCAAGGGGGAGCUGGACAAGAUGGACGCCGAACACGCCCGGCUCGAACUCGAGGCUGGGGACGCGGCCCGCAAGGGCUCCUACGCCAGACGCGUGAGCGGCGCUUUUCCGGGAGCUUCUGCGCCGCCCGGACACCCCGCGGGACUCAACUUCCACCCCGCCGACGGGAACAACAGUGAAACGCAGAUCUAGAGGCCCCAAGCCCUACCCUGCCACUCCCUUACGUUUUCCGCGUCAGCUUUUCACCUUCGCUGCAUCGCCCAGUCAGAGCGAGGAGUUCGUUUUGAUUGACGUUCGCAGACGACAUACCUGUCCUGUACAGCGGGCCGCGAUGGGCCAUGACGGGACAGGGAGAGUCAUCUGGAUCUUUCUCUGCCGUCUUAUGUCCUAAUCCUGCUAGAGCGACAAACGGAAGCAACCGACACGGAGAAGCCUGAAAGCACGUGCAGCGUGCACGCGAAAGUACCUUUGGCAAGCUUGGGAUCACUCGCGCUUACUUCACGAGCACGGAGAGACUGCGAGCCUGUUAGAUACCUCCACAUGCAUGUUGCACGUGCUUGAGGCUUUUCGGUCAGUUCUUUUGUUUGUCGCUCUAUCGGGGUUCGGGCAUUAAUUAAAAAAGCCCAGUACGUUCUGAUCAUGAUCCCCUAUUUGUUUCCACUACUAGUCCACUAUUAGGUGCCGCUUAGUUCUUUAAAAGAGGUAUCAGAACUUACGCUGCCCACGUCUGGCCUCAGAAGUUCCUUGGCAACUGUAUACGAACACACGUCCACUGGUACAUAGGGCUCUCUAAAGAUGUAUUCUUGGACGGGCGCUGCGGCCCUGGUAUUUCUUCACCGCGUCUAACGUAGGUCUUUUAAUCCGGAUUCCUUAGGAUACAAGUUUCAAUUAAUAUUUUUGUGUUUGCAUUUGUUAUUCAUUGUGUUGUCCGCGGCUGCACUGGCGUAUCAUGCAGGUCCAAGGUUUGCAUCCGCCUGUUGCUUCUGUCAGGAAAUUCAUUUGUUUGGGUCGUGGGAAAGUACAUGGAGAGGAGGGGAGGCCAUCAGUCAGUCAAUGUUUAGAGAUUGGCCCCAUAUUCUUGUGCAACCUGAAGAAAAUGGCUGAAAUCAACAAUGGUAGGGCCAUCUAAAUAGGUGCAGAAGGUCGAGCCAAUUGUGGCGUUAUGCCGGGUCAUAUGCAAAAACGGACAGGAGAAAAGAAGCUGACCCAAAGGAAUGACUAAAAAGAAGUGGUCCGAGAGGUUGAACUGUGUAUGCUCCUAGUGUUUGAAGGUUGACUGCUGGGUGACAAGACAGGUUAGAAGCGACUGAGUGAGAGUGAUCUUUAGAAAGAGGAACGAGACUGACUGAACAUGCUCUGAGUUCGCGUCGAUUAAGUAUGUUGCGUUGGUUGGCGCGGUUCUUUUUUGCUGUAACAUUCAGUGAAACUUAGACGCAAGACGAUUUGCGGCUGACAUCGUGUAUGAUUGUUUUUAUUUUUGUUUCUGUUUGUAAUUUCUUUAGUCGCGGUUACUUAGCUCUUCCACUUUCUUGCGGACGGUUGCUAUCUACUAUAGUAGUGCUAUAUAUAUAAUAUAUAAACUAUACUCAUUGUGGUUGACGAAGACGAACCCCUAAAGGAACAUUUCUCGCGUUGCUUAUUGUGUAAAUGCUUUUCUAAAGUAUUUUUUUCUUCUCAUUUUUGCGAGGGUUUGUUGAGCAACACACACUGUCUGAAAGGCACAUGAGUUUCAAUGUAUCUGUAUAAGUGAUUUCAUAUUAACUUUCUUUUAUUUCGUUUGUCUGACGGGCUGAUUCAAAGGUGACUUCAUAGAAAAAAGCUAUGCGAUUAAAUCUAGAAAGAAAUUAAUGGAGAGUGAAAAAAAAAAGACGCGCACACGAAUCCAGCGAUACAUAAGCCAACGCGGUAUUUACAAACAAUUCCGCGCUUGUCUCUGCGCACUACACGUGCGCAGAGAUUAGAUUCACGAAAGGUGAAGCAUAGACGCAUGCCCCGUACCGACAGCAGCGCCACCGCUAUGGUGUCACGUCAGAGCCGCAUGCCUGUCUACACGGUUGACAUCCCCGUAACCAGACACGUUUAUAAAGAAUACCAAACCCCAAGCAGGUGAAGCCUGUUAUUAUAUCAUUAAAGAAAAACUUUUAAGUCUUCCAUAUAAACCAAACGCAACCAUAAAAAAGAAGUUCACAAAUAAUAACAGAAAAGGAACGCAUCUGGUCGAAUGACACACUGGAGAACAUGGUAAGGGUGAAAACCACAAGCAGCUGGCGCUGAUGAUUAGCUUUUUUUUUUCUGUGCAUCUUCAUUUCAUGUGCCUUCUGGAAGAUUGCGAAACUGGGCGUGCCCUAUCGCUUCGAUUAAAGGCGUUUACAGCCGCCAAAACUUGGACAGGACAGAGCUAGAGAAGUCUGUCCCUCGUGCCCGCUAAGGGUAUUGCGUACCACAUUGCGACAACAUGGCUAUAUUUGCGCCCCUAGCACAUAGAAUGCAUCACAUUCUUUUUUUAAGAACCUUUCUUUUUUUCUCGUACGCGUGUAACGAAGACGUGCUUGUAAAAAACGGCCUUGGUUUUGUCCGUUCUUGUGCAACUCGGAAGUCAACUAAAAAGCUUUCUCCAGGUUUCAAGGACCCUCCCGUUUUCAUUGGUUGCGUCGGCCAUUUGUAUGCGACGUCUGACUCGCUCGCAUGCAUGGCCUUGACAGCAGAGUUCCUCCGAGUCUCAUUCAGGGUGAGGCAGGUUAACAUAUACACACACAAAAAAAAACAAGAAAAAAAAAAACGUGGGUGGUGUAGUUUUUAUAGGCCAGCGCGCGUACCAACUCCAGGAAGUCGCUCCCCGCGUCCCGGCACACUUUAAUUAACGCGCUACACAAUUCUUUCCUUUGGGCAUACAUUUUACAUUGUGACUGCUCCUAGAUACCAACAAGAAAGUUAGUUAGGUGGCUGAGGUUAAAUAAUUUACAUGAGUGCACAGACCAGUCCCAAGUGAAGAGUUUGGCGGGCUUCGUCCGUCUAGCGGGAUUUACUCCUGCAGAAAAUCCGCAGUCCCUCUGUUCCUACAUCAUACAAAAGACACUGUCUUCGCUGCAGACAUGACAGGAUUGCCUGCAGGUAUAUCUAAAAUAUGUUCGAGCCCCGUUAGAUUCAUACAUUUGUAUUCCUGUAACGUAUCUGCAGACAGUUUUUUUGUAUGACCAAUAGGACAGUACCAUCAUACAAGAGAGAAUCACGUCUCAGACAUUGUAUGUACACUGCCUCUUGUAUGAUGCAUUUGCAGUUUUACCGCGCGUUAAGGCCACUUCUUUCUUCAUGAUGCUUUUUCGCGUCAUCUCGAACCAGGCCAGCGUUCUCUCCGAGUUCCUUCAGCCUCGUACCCUCAUUUUAUAAGAUCACUUCAUCGACGCUGUGAAUGUCACAGACCUCAGUAGGUGUGUAUACAACUGUUGUAGUACUCGAUAGCCCUUUAUAAUUUUUUUUUAUUAUUCCCAAAUGUUUGUUACAAUUAUGUAACAUCCUACGAUCCUUGCACAUGAUGUUUGUUGUUUUAUAUAUAUAUAUAUAUAGUAUAUAUACAUUGAAAGCUUCCGGUUCUACUGCCUUUUGUACAUUAUUUACUUUUCCCUCUGUUAUCCCGGUUGUCUUUGUUUGCGGCCCUCGUUGAUUUUGGGACGCUAAGAAGACGAUAACCAGACGCAAGCUAAGCAUACGUCGGUGUCUUUAUUGCUUGUAGGAUUGAUUGGUUGAAUUCGUUGUUUCCACUAGAGAAAAAGAAAAAAAGAAACGUCACCGGUAAAAUUUGGUGCGCUUUAACCAAAGGUAAUCUCAUGUCUUCGGCGGCGUAAAAGCCUAGGUGUCCUAACUCCGUUCUCGACCAUUGAUAAGGUUUCUACCAAACGCAUACCUUAGGGAUUAUACAGCGAUGGUGCAGGAGAGCUGGGAUUUGUUUACCACUUUGUUAAAAUACCUGAGUCGGUAAAUAUACGAAAAGUAACCAAAGUAGAAAAGACGGAAGGACGAUAUUGAACUGAACAAACGAUUCAGCUAUGUUUGAGACGUUUUCUUUCGUUAUUUCCCUGUUCCUGCUACUUCGGUUGUUUAUCGUACCUUCGCCUUGUGUCAGUUGUUUAAUCAAAACAGUAAACGUACCUUAGUCUUCAUAAGGUUUCUAUAACUAUACAGAGCUGAGGGAUACUCGAAAUUACAACUGUUAGGGUUUCGACGGUGCAUUAAAGCUGGAACAUUUGGUUCAGCCGCGUGUCGAGUUUAGCACGCGAACUGGCUUUAAAAAAAUGCUUUCGCAUUAAAAACUUACAUUAGCAUAUCUCGAGCAAUAACCUUACGACAUAUCAACCGUCCCGCGCUCUGUAACUACCUAAAAGCGUAGGCGUUUAUGAUGAACAUACAAUACCAGUCGGUUCAUUUUGUUUAGGCAGAUCAGUUAGGUCCAGAAUUAUCUCACGUCAGUGGAAGCUACACUUGUUUCUUUUCAUUGUUUUUUAUGUAAAUGAACUGGACUUGCUAUCAAGCAUGGUUGCGUCAGUUAUGUAUUGCAAUCCUUCCAGGCCCGAUAACAUAUCGAUCGUGAUAAAUCCCGAGAAAUGGUGAUUGCGUCCAAACGUCGGAGAUGGACUCGUUUACAAACCAAGCUUGCUUGCUCACAGGAGCUGUAGGCCAUCGCGCGAGCACAGAAACCUGUUUUUUUGAAGGGCGAAGCAUCUGCACAUACUGGAUGAACGGAUGGAUGAUUACCAGCUGAGUCCUUUUAUUCAGACGGUGGCUCGCGCUACCUAGCCAGUGCUCCUUUGCACAGCCAGCGACACAACCUUGUUGUAACGUCAUAAACAUAUGGUGGUUUGUCACGUCGGAUAGUUUCUUGAGUGCAUACCGCUGUCAGCGUCAAGUGAAAAGCUCUAGCUUGAACCGCUCGUGUACGCCGAAAGUCGUGUUUCUGUUAGAGAUCGAAGUGUUUAGUUCUGACAGACCACGUUACAGCCCAGCCAAAAAAACAAAAAGAAAGUAACUGUACACAAAUAUUUCAAAACUACUAGUGUAAAUACAUGUUUUUUUUUUCCUUGGGGAUUUGUUUACUCCCCAAUUGAAGGAUGGAACGCUGACUGCGCCAGGGUUCUCGCAAAAGCCUUGUAUUUAGAUAGGCUUUUUUUCUUCUUUUGCUUUUCUUUUCCUUCGUUUUUUUUUUUUUUUUUGUAUGACAUGUGUAUUUCCCGGUGCUUUGUUAGAACACAGUACAAAUCCUGUAUCCAAACUAAUGAUGUUCGUGUUUUAACGGCUAUGUCAUCGUCACGUUGUUACGAAGAGGCACCCUCAACAUUGCGUUUGGAAAUAGCACCGGAAAAAGAGAGGAACACACAGACACACAUACAAUGACAAACAUACCGCACGAGGCGUCUUAUGUAGGAUUUAUUGCCGGCCGCAUAAUCCUUUCCGGAUUAUCAUCCGUCGCUGUCCGCCAUACCUCGUGCCGCUCCCGACCAAUCACAACCAGCCAAGCAAAAAGAAAAAAAAAAGAAGAAAAAAAAAAAGAAACAGAACUGUUGUCUUUCAAAGUGCGCGCGUUUUUUGUGUAUAAGUGUGCAUGUGAGUGUAUACAACUAUGAGCGCUUUUUUUUAGACAGUCUAGAAAGCGCAAUGCCUUGAAAUCAGUCUUUCGAAGUUGGUACAUAUUAUAUAUAUAUACAUAUAAAUAUAUACUGUCUACUGCUACUGCGUGUAAUGCCUACUACCCCAUGACAAAGUCCACCACACAGCACCUGUUAACGGACCUUAACUUUAUAGUUCACUUGUACAAACCAUACAGGUCACUUUUGUCUUCUUUUGUUGUCGGUGUUAAUUUUUCUGCGCAAUAAAAAAAAAAACUGCACACCCUUAUCAGUGUAAAUGCUUCUCCCAAGAAUACUAAUCGUGUUAAGUGAACUCUCCUAUGGACCUGAACCAAUCAAAAUAAAACAAAAACAUGCACUGAGUGUAGAAGUGCUUCCGAUAAAUCUGUUCGGAUACUAACCAGCUGUAAGGUUGAACUGCAAAAGAAUACAGCCAAAUCUUCAUUUGAAGCGGUUAUUCCCAAACACUGCUUUUAAUAUUAAUAGGCCAAUAAUUCAACGUCAAGACUAAAAGAAGUAUCCGUGCCACAAACUUUUAGGACAAUUCCUGCAAACAUUUGACAGGGUGUAACCCCUCUAGAAACGGCAGUUAACCAUCCCAUUAAGUUUUUCUCCUGAGUAUCGUUUUACAUUUAGUUUUGUUUUAGGUGUUCCUAGAACGUAAUGAUAAGUGCCCCCGAGCUUUGGUGAAGCACCACGUGUCUGUUGUACCCAAACUCCGCUCUUUUGGCUUCGUUAUUUCGUUUCUUAAACAUGCCUCACCGUUUUCUAAUGACACGUUUUGAGUGGAACCUCCGCCUUUGAAAGCGGCUUUCAGAACGUAGAUUCAGAGUUUGCAGCUAAGUAACUUUUGAUGGCCUUCUUUUUUAGACCGCUGCUGGGCACUUAGCGCAGCAUACGUUUCUGUAAACCAACUCACCCUCAUAUUUCAUUUUUACAGGAUGAGAUCACAUACAAAAUGUGCGAUUUCGAACGAGCCUCGGCCGCAAUGAACCCAAGACCGCAAUGCUGGCAAAAGACAAAAAAAGAAAAAGAAAAGAAAGAGUUGGAGCUUAACUUGGCCACGACGUAGCGUUCCCAAUCAGAAACGCUGUGUCAUUGUAGUGGCGAUCCAGUUUGUAGAAUAUAAUUAGAUACACCUCUUGACCUGAUAGCGUUUAGAACAGAGGAACGUGAAGCAACACACCAUGAAAAAAAUGCGUGAGCAUCUACCUGAUAAUAAAAAGUAAAGUAAAUUGUGCAAUGUAACUCAUGAGCACAUAUUCAAGUCAAGCUUUGUGUCACAUCCCUGACUCAAUCCGUACUUACACUUCGGCUGCUGUGAGGCAAGCUGGAUGCAAGGAAAUUAUUUAGUUUAUAGAAAUACAAACAGAAGCAAACAGCCAGGGGCGUUGUGUGUUUUGGUUGGCGUUCGCUGGGUUCUCCAAAAACGAUAUAGUCCAAGCGGCAAUUAAGGAACAAUUCAUGAACAUAUCACUGAAUCCUCUGUGCUCCCCCAAAGCGACUGCAAAUAUGUGUCUGUCGUUUCGUUUUCGUAGUGUGAACAAAGUCAGCGCGGCGGGUUCGGAUAUGUGGCAGCCGGUGUAUAACUCCUUCCUCUGCCUCUCUCUUUGUUGCGUUGAUGUCGCGGUUACGUUUGUCCUUUCUUCUCGCCUCACUUUGUCGUCGGAAGAUGUCACGUGACUGAUCACCAAUAAAGGCGUCCAUCUUUGUAAGGACUG